GCUGUGGAAUCAUGUUCCCCUGGGACUACAUUCUGGAUAGUGAGGGGGAUAAUGAUGACAGCUGUGAUGCAGUGAUCUUUUCCCCGACAGCCCGGGCUGUCCAGAACGUCUGAAAUGUCAUGCACCUGCACCAGGAAGUUGAAGAGGAAGAGGAGGAAGAGGAGGAGGAAGAAGAAGAGGAGAUAGAGCAGGAGCACGAGGGCAAGAAGGUGGUGGUUUUCUUCACCCGGAAUGGCAAGAUCAUUGGGAAGAAGGAUGCUGUUGUACCUUCUGGAGGCUUCUUUCCCACCAUUGGAAUGCUCACUUGUGGGGAGAAGGUGAAAGUCGACCUACACCCCCUAAGUGGCUUCCCUGGCACAUCCGCCCUGCUCACCAGCAGGCUCUGGGAAGAUAUCACCCUGCCCCCACCAGCUCAGGGCCCAGUCAGGCUGUACCUUCUGUUCCUGGGCCCGAGCCUUUGGUGAUGGGCAGAGAACAGUGUUGAUAUACGGGAGGGUCCCCAUGCUUUGGUUUGUGAG